CCCGCAGGCGCACAGACGGCGGUUGGGGAGCUGCAGGGCCGCGGGCGCAGGGGCCUUCUCCGUGUGAGCUGCGGUUCCUGAGUCCCGGCCCUCGGUACUCGGAACCUUUAUAUUUAAAGUAUCCAGAAAUGAAAAGAAAGGUAGUGAACGCUGGCAAGCUGAGAUUGAGUCCUAAUGAGGAAGCUUACGUUUUAAAGGAAGAUUAUGAAAGACGACGAAAACUAAGAUUGUUGCAGGUUCGAGAACAAGAAAGAGAUAUUGCUUUACAGAUAAGAGAGGAUAUAAAACAGAGGAGAAGUCAGCAAUUAACUCGUUUGGCAGAGGAACUAAGGACAGAAUGGAAAGAAUCACAAACUCAGAAAAUAAAGAACUUGGAAAGACUAUAUUUGGCAAGUUUAAGAACUAUGGGUGAAGGACACCAACAGGCCAAAGAAAAUGAACCUGAUUUGAAUGCUCUGGCCCGACGGGCAGCAGAAAGAAAAAGAAAAGCAGAAAUGAGGCACAAAGAGGCUCUGAAAUUACAGAAAAAUAAAAAAGAAGAACUAAUGAAACAAAAAACCUGGCAUAUAGCAGCUCGAAAGGAAGCACUGAUUGUGGAAAAAAAGAGAUCUGCCAAAAUUACAAGUCUGCCACCACCACCUCCAAGUCUUUUUGAGAACAUUGAUCUAAAGACAACAUCUAAUGUGAAAACUGGUAGUUCCACCUAUCAUCAUCUUUGCACUUUUGUGAAUAGAGAGAUGGACACAAAGCAGCCAGAUCCUCAUUUGGCUGCUGAAGAAGAAGCUAAAAGAAGAGAAGAAUGGCAAAAACAAGUGGCGCAGGAGAGAAUGGAACAGCAUGAAAAGGCACACACACGGGGUUUCCAAGCAAUGAAGAAGAUACAUUUGGCUCAAACUCAGGAGAAACUAAUGAAAGAACUCCAACGGCUACAACAAGAGGACCUAGCUCAUCGGAGGCAGAAUGUAGCACAGAUGCCACCACAACUAGUUGAACUUCCGUACAAACACAGUGAGAUGAAAGAAGAUUGGCAGAGAGAGCUGGAAUUUGCCUUUGAAGACAUGUACAAUGCAGACAGGAUGAAAGGAAACCUGAUUUUGCGUCUUGAACCAGAACCUUUGCCCACUGUGACUGAUCAGAUCCAAGAUGAAGAACUGGACCUUUCAAUGGAACAAGAAAAGUUAGGGGAAACUGAAAGCAUUCCGGUGACAGAAGCCGAAACAAUAUGUUCUAGUGAAGCAGACGUUCCCUUGGCAGUAAAGACCGACGAAGUCCCUUCAAAAAUUCUUUUUAAAAAAUUACUAAAUAAGAUCCGAAGCCAAAAAUCUCUCUGGACUAUUAAAUCCAUGUCUGAGGAUGAAAGUGAAGUGAUUACAACUGUUAGUGAAACAGAGAGUAAAGCACCAACAGUCGAAUCAGGAGCAACUUUUGGCGAAGAGAGAACAUUAUCCUCUGUGCAGGAACAAGUUGCUGAAAGUGAUACUUUAACAGUUGAUUCUGGACCACUUACUAGUGAAGAGAAACCACUUUCAUUGGAUACAGACUCUGAAAGGAAACAAGAAAUAAAGGAAGUUCAGCCUAUCCCAGCUGUAGCUCAGAGUUCAAUUCUACUUCAUCCUCAAGAAGAAGCAGUCAGGAUUAGAAUGGCAGCAAGGCAGAAACAGAUAAUGGAAAUAGAAGAGCAGAAGCAAAAGCAGUUGGAGUUACUUGAACAGAUUGAACAACAGAAGUUACGAUUAGAAACUGAUCACUUCAGGGCUCAGCUGGAAGAAGAAAAAAGGAGAAUGCAACAGACUGGGGUUGGUAUUGCUCCAGGACCAUGCGCUAUAAAUUCCGAUGAAGAGAAUCAUAGACAGAUGAUUCGUAACUAUCAACAUCAGCUUUUACAACAAAACAGGUUUCAUAGACAAUCUGUUGAAACAGCCAGGAAACGAUUACUUGAAUAUCAGACAAUGUUAAAAGGAAAGUACGUGUUAGCUACUUCAUCAAUAACUGAUUCCCUUAUAUCAGUAUUACCACGGAAACCUGAAAGACCCACUGUUACAUCAGAGCAUUGGGAUCAAGAUCAGAGACCCAAGUUGAGUCCUAAUAAAUAUCAACCUAUACCAUCCUCACAGAUCUCCGAAUUAGAACCAGAUUAUUUUCAGUUUCCAAGACAGAGUCUCUUUCCACAAAGACAGGCAGAAACAACAACAGACACAUUAAUCACUUCAGAUGUUUUAGCCAAGCAGCCUUUGGAAUCACAGGAACAGCCUAAGCAAAGUACCGUUUCUAUAAGUCAUUCUGUAUUCAGCCAAAUGCAGGAUAAGUCCCUGCCAUCUUCAGAGAGUAUUAUAGCCCAGCAGGGUAAUUUGAAGGCUCUCCAAGAACAGUUAGACCUUCAAAAGGAAGUUCUUCAGUCAAGACUGGAAGCCCAGGAACAAUUGCUUUUGUACAAACAGAAAGAACUGGAAGGACAGACUGGCCUCUCUAUAUCCCUUCCAGUAAGAUCUCUGGAUUCAUUUGCUACACUGCCUUCUGCCAGAGCUGAAUCAGGGAGAAUCCAGGCAUCUUCUCCAAACAGGGGUGAUACUGCAGUUCCCGCAGGCCAUUUUGGGGUCCCACAACUUCCAGAUAGGCUUUUGAGUUUUUCAAAGCCGAUCUUAUCACAGCAAGAUGAUUUUACAUUUCUCCAAGGACAGUUAAAUACUCAGAGGGAUAGCCUUCAGGCUAGGCGAGAAGCCCAGGAAGUAUUACAUGUACAUAAACAGAGUGAACUGGGUAGAAGAAUAGGGUCUGGACAGACUGAACCCCCUUCUCUCCCUUCUCAGGUAGCUCAGCACCUAUUUACUUCACUACCUUCUGCUGGCACUCAUUCUGGAAAGAUCCAGGAGCAGUAUUCAUCCGAGAGUGAGAAGGGACUUCUCUCAAGCCAGUCUGAAAACCGAAAAUCUCAGGACGGGUCUUUGAGUUUCCUACAGCAUUUCCUACCUUUGCAUGAUAGUUUGAAGUUGCUCCAAGAACAGUUGACUACACAGAGGGAUGCUCUUCAGGCUAGGCAUGAACCCAAGACAGAAUUGCUUUUGCAUAGACAAAGGGAUUUGGGAAACAGUAAGUCUGGACAGAGGAGUUCGUUAUUUUCACCAGUGGUUGCUCAGCGUUUAGUUGCUUCACAAACUCCUGCUAAAACUGAGCCUAGAAGAAUUCAGAACUUUUAUUUAUCUGAAAAGGAGAGUGUUACUCCCUCCAGUCAUCCAGUAACCCCGGCAUUUCAGAAUGUUUCUCAUAGUUUUCCACAGCAUAACCUGCCACAGCAAGAAAAUUUGACACUUCAAGAACAGUCACACAUGCAGAGGGUAAUGCUUGGUGAACAAGAAACUCAGGAAUUUGUACACAAACAACAUCAAUUAGAAAAAAUAAUUUCUCCUGAACAGACUGGCACCUCUUUAUCCCUGUCCCAGGUAGCUGAGUCUGAAAGAUGCCAGGAAUUCAUGUCAGUCAACAGUGAUGGUACAGUUCCCUUAAGCCAUUUAAAGAUCCUGAGAUUUCAGGAAAGACUUCUGGGAUUUUCACCACAUACUCGACCUCUACAAGAUAGCUUGGAGGGACACCAAGAAUGGCCAGACAGAGUGAAGGCGGCCCUUCAUUUUAGCCAGAACACACAAGGAAAUAUAUCUUUGGAACAAACUGACUCCUCAUUCGGACCCCAGUUAGGACAGCCUUCAUUUACUUCGUUCCCUUCUGCUGAAUCUGGUACAACACAGGAACCUCGUUCAACAGAGAGUGAUAAUAAAAGCCAUCUUCAGAUCCCACAGUUGCAGGCUAGGCUUUUGAGGUUAUCCCAACUUAUCCAGCCUCAACAAGACAAUUUGAAGGUGCUUGGAGAAAGGUUAGCUACACAGAGAGAAGCUAUCAUUCAAUCUAGACAGGAAGCUCAGGAGGAAUUACUUUUGCACAAACGGAAGGAAGGAAUAUCUCCUGAGCAGGUUGGCACCUCUUCCUUCCUACCCUCAGUUGUACAGCAUUCAUUUGCUUCAUUACGUCUUAGUGAAUCUGGAAGAAUCCAAGAACCUUGUUCAACUAAGAGUGAUAAUACAGCUUCCUCAAGACAUUCUGAGAUACCAAGAUUACCUGAUAGAGGUUUAUCACAGCCUGUUUUACCUCAAAGAGAUUACCUGAUUGCACUCCAACAAGAACACUUGGAUCCAAAAGGAAAUGCCCUUCCGUGUGGCAAGAAUACCCAAAAAGAAUUGGUUUUGCCCAGCCAAUAUAAAUUUGAGGAAGAGUUACCUUCUGAGCAUUUUAUCCAACCUCACCAUGAUGAUUUGAAGGUACUUCAACAGCAGUUAGAGAUACAGAGGAAAACUAUUCGAUCUAGACAGGAAGUCCAAGAAGAAUUAAUUAUGCAAAGACUAAGUCAAUUGGAGAAAAGGGUAUCAUCUGAGCCGACUGGCUCUUCAUCAUUACCCCAGGUAGCACUGCCUGUUGCUGACUCUGAAAGAAUCCAAAAGCCUCUUGCAGCCAGAAGUAACAAUACUGUUCCCUCGAGUCAUCCUGAGACCCCAAUAUCCCAGGAUAGACUUCCGAGUUUAUCACAGACUGUUCUGCCUCAGCAAGAUAUUUUGACAGCACAAUUGGAUUUGCAGAGGGAAGUGAUACAGUCUAAUGAGAAGAGUGGGGAAGAACUGCUGUCAGACAGACAAACACAGUUGACUAAAAGUGAAUCUUCUGAGCACGCUAUUCCCUCUUUGUUUUUACCCAUGGAAAGAGACCAUUCAUUUAUUCCACUGCCUUUUGCUGAAGUUAAAUCUAAAAACAAUUGUGAAUUGUAUUCAUCUAAGAGUGAACAUGCAGCUCCCUCAAGCAAUUCUGGGAUCCCCAAAUUUCAAGAUAGACUCCUGUGUCUUUCACAACCUGUCUUAACUCAGCAAGAUAAUAUAGAGCUUCAGAAGCAGUUGGAUCUACAGAAGAAAGUUCUGCAGUAUAGCCAGAAAGCCCAAGAAGAAUUGCUUGUACAGAGACAAGCAGCACUACAGCAGCAGAUACAGAGACAUCAAGAGACUUUGAAAGAGUUCUUUAAAUCCAGUCAGAUAAGUAAGCCCACAGCCGAAAAUGACAUAGAAACUCAGAAGCUCAGAGAGUGGCUUCCUCAACUCCAAGACCUAGCAGAAGGUGAUCAGGGAAGCAUUAGUCCUGCAAGUAGGAGCAACUCUGGUGAUAAUCAGCUGCUUUCAGGAGAGAGUGGUGCCAAGCAGAGUGGCGAGCUUCUGGACAAAGAACUGGGCAGGAGAUCCUCAAAGCCCCCUGUAGCAAAAGUUAAAUGUGGAUUGGACUUGAACCAACAUGAACUUAGUGCUAUACCAGAGGUAGAAUCACCAGCAAGUGGCAGAACUUCUGUACUAGGUAAACCAGAUUUUUAUCAAGACAGGGACCCCCUAAGGGUCUCAAUAAGCCGAGAACAAAGUUUCUUUGGCAGCGCACUGGACUGUGAUGCAUUUGGUUGUCUUUACCCAAUUGCCCAGGAGAACAUCUGUGGUGAUGACCCCAGUGAAGCAGUCAAGGUCAAGGAGACUGUGGCUGAGAAUCAUGCUGUAUUAAGUUAUGCUGUAGAGGAAGAACAUACAUAUCUGAGUCCACCUGUGAAGCCAGAUAAUGCUGAAACAGAAGAGAUUUAUCAUGAGCCAUUAUUGUCAAUAACUAUUUCUACUGGAAGCUUUUUAAGUUAUGAGAACACAGAUCUGAGCCUUACAGAUCCAGGGUCAUUUUCAGAGCAUGUGGACCACAGGGAACAAGAAUCUGCCACUGGUAAAGAAAAGGAAACCAAUAUUUUAAGUUCUGUAGUUCCCUCAUCACAAGUUAUUUAUCAACGGCAGGACUCUGGGGAAGUUCAUCAACCUGUGCUGCCUGCAUUGGAAAAAUUUACAUCUGUUGACCUUGACUUUCCAGAAUUGGAACACACUUUUCCAAAUUUGCAUCGUCAGCUAUUUAAACCCUUAGAACCACAUCCAGAUUUUGACAUAUCAUCAUCAUACUCUGGGAUUUCUCAAGACAGCAGAGACUUUUACCAGAACUCAGAUUCUUCAUGUGAAAGCCACCGUGCUGUUCUAUCAUCCAAAAGUACUGUUUCCUUUACAGCACUGAGGAGAACCAGCCUAAAUUCUUCUAAUAUAAGCUUGAACCAGCAGCCUGAUCCUCACUUGGCUCAUGCUGCAGCUCAGAUUUUUGCUACAGAAAAUACUGAGGGAUCUGAACAAUCUUUUCAACAGCUUCUGCCAGAAUUUUCCUCACAGGAGGGGAGUCAGCAUGCUGAUCUACCAGUUAUUUUUAGCAUUGAAGCAAGAGAUUCUUCCCAAGGCAUGGAAAAUCACUACUCUGAAAUAAUGCAAAAUAAGAAAAAAAGUGUUCAUUUCCAGCCUUCUGUAGGAAAUGUGCAGAAUUCAGUCUUCAGUUCCUCUGAUGAAGUUAAUGUAUUUCUUCCCUUAAGUCAACAGCAUAGCACUCCAUGUGGGUCUACCUCUAGUGAGUGCUCAAUAAAAACCCAACCAGAAGGCAGAAAAGAAAGACUGGGUUUUGAAGAACUAUCAGAAAGAGGGAUUGAUACAAUGUUAGAAAGUCAGGGAUUCAGUGGAAACAAAAAUGAAACCCAUGAGGUUUUAAAUAUAAAAUCACAUGUGGAAGAAAUUGAUUCUCCCUACAGAACAGUGGAGAUGGGAACUUCAGUCCAGGCACCAUAUUCUAUUCAGAAUGAAAAAUAUUUUGAGAACUCAACUAAGGCAGAAACUCCAAAAAUCAAAAAUCUUUCUCAAGUAGCACAAUCAGAGCUUGCUUUAAGUUCUGGAUCAUUACAGAGCUCUAUUCCAGUGUGGGAGACAGAGUCUGGCCAUGGUAUAAUGGAAGAACCAGAGCUUACAUUAGUAAGCACCAGUGAUAUCAGUAUUGCUGAAAUGGAUUUUGCAAACUUAACCCUUGAAGAAAAGGAAGGAAAUGAGACAAAAAGCAAUUCUCAGGUGAGUACAGCAACCUCAGAUUACCCAGAUUUAUCAGAACACCAUGUGGAGGAGCCAGUAAUCCUGUGUGCAGAAACCCCUCCAAUCAUCACAGCUCUUCCUGGGAGCUUACAAGAAGCAUUUUUAAAGAGGAAAAAGCCAUUUUUGGAGAGAUCCUCCCAGAGACAGAAAGAAAUAAAGAAUAAAUUUCGUGUUUCUGAAAAUUCUCAAAUCAAAAUAGUUAAGGAGAAACCUAUAGGCUCAGCUGUGAGUCGCCUGAAGGGUGUGAAUAAGAUGAAGGUUAGAGUGUCACUUCCUGAAGACAGAAAGACUGCACAAGCCCUCAUGCAUCAAAGAGCCCUAAGAUUAUACAGUCAGUUAGCUGAAGUCAAACAGCAAAGGGAAGAGAAAGCAAAGCAAGAUGCAUAUGCCCAAAACAGAGCAAGGGCAAAAGAAUUUCAUAAGAAAACACUAGAGAGACUUCGAGCCAAAAAUACGUGCUGACUUUUUACUAAAGGUGUAAAGUUCUACUAAAGGUGUAAAGUUUUUUUUUUUUAAAUUAUG